UUCCUUCUCUCUCUCCUCUGUGCCUUUUUGAAGGCUUGAGAGCAGAAAUCGCUUAAAUGCGCCAUUUCACCAUUCCUGAGACCUCCAUGGCCGAAACUCGCGCACCCCAUGUCCUCAUACCUCCUUCUCUUCAACAUAGAACAACCCAUUUCUUGAUCAAAUCUAUUCUCCAUUUUUAGCUCUCUUGAUCGCUUUCAUUCCCUUAACCCACCAUGAAAAUCUGUUCAUUCUUUCAUAGCUUCCAUUUCUUCCUGUUUUUGUUGCUGUCUUACUCCAAAACUUAAAUACCCUUCUCUAAUGGUGAAGGGUAUCCUCUAGCUUGACCUUCCUUCUCUGUUCUUUUUCCUCUGUUUUUCUCUCUGUUUUUCUCUCUGUUUUGUGGGUUUUCGCCAUGGAGAAUGAUACCAUCCGUAAAGCUUGUGCUUCUUCAUGGGAGAAUGGUCGAUGUUUGGAUGAAGAAGCAAAAAGAUCUCCACUUUACAUGGCUACUUUCGGGAAAUAUAAGAUGCGGAGUAACAUGCUUCCAUCGGCUUCGGCUCGAGACUUGAGAUGUUUCGACCUCGAAAGUGAGCAACGUGAUGCAUUGUCUCCUAGAGGAGUUUUGGAAGCCAGUUUACAGAGUUCGGAAUUCGAUCACGAUUCUUCACAUGAUAGUUACCCCGAAUCGGAGGUUCAAUGUUCACAAUCACUUUCUCACUGGAAAAAGUUCUUCAAAUCAUGGAAGAAACGCUCGUUUAGACGUCUAGCCUCUUUUCCGCCCCUUGGGGUGCUGAAGAUAUCAAGAAGAGGGAACAGAAGCGAGCAAGAUAACCCGGGGCUAAGCGACUUGUACAAGUUCAAGUCCUCGUUGGGAAACUUCACGUUCUCGGAGCUCCAAACUGCCACUAACAAAUUUAGCCAGGCGAAUUUGAUCGGAAAAGGUGGUUACGCCGAGGUUUACAAGGGUCGUUUACAAAAUGGGCAGCUGAUAGCAGUGAAGAAGCUGAAUAGAGGAGCGCCUGAUGAGAGAACUGCUUGUUUCUUAUCCGAGCUUGGUAUCAUAGCUCAUAUCGAUCAUCCGAACACUGCUAAACUGAUCGGUUGUUGCAUCGACCGAGGCAUGCACCUCGUUUUCAAAUUAUCUCCAAAUGGAAGUUUAGGAUCUUUUCUCCAUGGUCCGAACGCGAGCAAACUUGAUUGGCGUAAACGAUACAAGAUCGCUCUUGGUACGGCCGACGGUCUGCUGUAUCUCCAUGAUUAUUGUCAGAGGCGUAUCAUUCAUCGAGAUAUCAAGGCCGAUAACAUUCUACUUACAGAAGAUUUCGAACCUCAGAUUUGUGAUUUCGGCCUUGCAAAAUGGCUACCCAAACAGUGGACUCACUACAGCGUGUCGAAAUUCGAAGGCACAUUCGGAUACUUCGCUCCUGAAUAUUUCAUGCAUGGGAUCGUUGACGAGAAAACUGACGUUUACUCGUUCGGAGUUCUACUUCUAGAGCUCCUAACUGGUCGUCGAGCUUUAGACGAACUGUGUCAAAGCCUCGUCCUUUGGGCAAAGCCUCUCUUAGAUACCAACAAUCCUGAGGAGGUCAUUGAUCCUGCUCUCAUUAAAAGCUACGACCUCGAAGAGGUCGAACGUGUGAUUUUGACUGCGUCUCUAUGCAUUGAGCAGUCUCCCAUUCUCCGACCUCGAAUGAGUCAGGUUGUCAUUCUGCUACGAGGCGACAAAUACGUAGCGGAGUGUGAAAAGAACACGAGGGUGUCGCUGCAACGAACGUACUCGGAAGAGCUGUUGGACGCUCAAGAAUACAACAAGACGAGGUACCUAAGCGAUCUUAAGAAACACAGGCAGCUUGCUUUGGGGUGUUGAAAGUGAAGUUGAAGUAUUCACCUAAAGAAAGAAGCUGCAAAAGCAAUGUGUUAGUGUUAAGUUAACAGAGUUACUCUAAUUUAGUGGAUCAAUUGCCAAACAGCACCUUAGGCCUUGUAUUUGUGCUGCUGCUGCUGCACUGUUUCUCAAUACACAUUAACAAACAUUAAGCUGUUUCAAUGAAAGGUGAAGUUUCGACUUUUGUUUA